AUGAGCAUUGAAGAGAUUAAAACUACGGGUUAUGUAAAAUUUGUCUGGCCAGCUAACCUUUUUACUUUGUCCGGAACAAUUUAUUCUGAUGAUUUUGAAAUUAAAAAUCUGGAGAAUGUUACUUUCAACAUCGGGGUGAAAUUUGUACCUGAAUCAACCAGGACUCUAACUUUAUGGGUUAAAAAAUCAAGUUCAGAACCAGCUAGUGCUUUAAUCAAGAUGAUGGUUGGUAAUGUGCGAUCUCAGAUUGAUAUUGAUAAUUGGAAGAGAUCCUGUUAUAUUUCAGAAUCUACGAAUAUCUCUGGACAAACACUAACCCGAACUUUACGUGAAAAUAGCUAUUGUAAUCCUCAUUAUUUCUACGAAAUCACCAUUGCGUGUGAGAUAUUUUGGAAAAGUAAAAUAAAAAGGACUCUUGACAACAGUCUGUAUCAUGAAGUGCAAAAAUUCUACAAGUCAGUAGAACUCAGUGAUGUUACAAUCAUUGUUGACAAGGUCAAAAUUCCAGCGCAUAAACUUGUUUUAGCCGCUCACAGCGAAGUAUUUGCAAAAAUGCUGCAAUCUGAAAUGAAAGAAGCUAAGGACGGCGAAAUAAACAUUAAAGGUUUUGAUCCAGAAAUAAUUCUGGAAAUGUUGCAUUAUUGUUACAAGGGAAAGACUAAGGCAAGUAAAGAUACUAAAGCAGCGUUGCAGAUGCUUGAAGUCGCUGAUAUUUAUCAAAUUAUCAAACUCAAGGAUAUUUGUGAGUCUACGUUGAUAAACAAUAUGUCUACUGAUAAUGUUCUCGACAUAAUUGACGCAGCUGAUGAUCAUACCGCAAUUGACUUACGCAAGAGUGCCAUUAAUUUGAUCGUUCUUCACAGCAAAACAGUAGUGGCUUCAAGUAACUUCAAACAAUUGUGUUAUAAAAAACCAGACUUGAUGUUCGAGCUAACGUGUGCUUUUGGGAACAAAUAA